AUGGCUGGCUUGAUUGAGAGAUUCCACAGCAUGAGAAAUGCCAUCUUCUUACUAAUUUGCAAGGAAUUUGGUAGCAUGAAGCCCUCAAGUCAGCUUGUUGAGGUCAGCAAUUGGUUGCAAAGUUGGGUUAUAUUCUCUUUGGCUUACUCAGGGUCGAGAGAACAGAGAGGUGCACACGUCUCAGGCAUAGGUGGGGCAGGUGCUGGAAACCUUGACGUUUCUGCUGCUGGAACCUUCAAAUCCUUCAGCCUUCUAACUUGGAUAUUUGGGGCUUCUGCUUUAAUCUUUUGGCUUACUCCCCUUGUGAACAUAUGCUUGAUUAAUUGUAGACUUUGUUCUCGGUUGCGAGAAGUCAAGAGCAUCUCACAAGGGGCGGAGGGUACGCUUCCUUACCCUCCCCUUAGGACACCUGAUACAGUUGCCGGCACCUCCUCGCAGCUUCCCGUAGCGCUGUCUCCAACUUCUCCUUGCCUGGGCACACCCAACAUAGCUGCCGGCACCUCUCCACAGUUUCCAGCAGUGCUGCCUCCAACUUCUCCUUGCCUGGGCACACCCGACAUAGCUGCCGGCACCUCUCCGCAGUUUCCAGCAGUGCUGCCUCCAACUUCUCCUUGCCUGGGCACACCCGACAUAGCUGCCAGCACCUCUUCACGGCUUCCGGCAGUGCCCCCUCGUGGUGAGAUUAUUGGUGACAUCCAUAAGGACGGUGAUGCUUCCACCUCUGUAGGGCAUUUAUCGGAGAAAAUCAUGCCUUGGCAAGAUUGGGAGAAUUCCUUCAUGGCGUUCAAAGCCUUCUUUGAUGGCGGUGUUACACAUAGCAUGAAAUCAUCGCAUGGUUAUGUUUCCUUUGAGACUAUAGGAUGCAUGGAUCUUUAG